GAAUUAAGUGUGGCUCUGUACAGGCAUCUCCUUGGCCUUCAGGAGAGCAAAAGCAGCCCGGACCAGCCUGCAGCUGGAAAGGAUCUGAACCUUCUUUGCUGUGACAUUGAUCCAAUGUUGAUUGAGAGGGCUCAGCAGUGCAGCCCGUUUCCUGCCUCCAUAUCCUUUGUCAACCUGGACAUCAUGGACUCCAGUGCCAGGGAGCCAUUCCUCACCUCCUACCUGGGCCGUUUUGGCCGUUCCACCUUUGACAUUGUUUUUUGCAUGUCUGUGACCAUGUGGAUCCACCUGAAUCAUGGGGAUAGUGGCCUGAUGGAGUUCCUGUCCUUCCUCUCCUCUCUCUGCAUGUACCUGCUGAUUGAACCUCAGCCCUGGAAAUGCUACAGGGCAGCCGCACGCCGCCUGCGGAAACUGGGCAGGAAUGACUUUGAUCACUUCCGAUCUCUUGCUAUCAACGGGGAUAUGGCAGAGAGGAUAACCCAGAUCUUAACGAAGGACUGUGCCAUGGAGCUGGUGUGUUGCUUUGGGAAUACCAGUUGGGACAGAAGUCUUUUGCUUUUUAAAUCCAAUGGUUCAAAUCACAAGAGCAGGGAAUCUUCCGAACAGGAACAGUGA